AUGAAAACUCCAGAGUUUAGUUUAGAUUCUUUAAAAAAUAACAGGAAGAAAAAGAGCAAGAAGUUGAACUAUGAAAAUUGGAGUGCACAUUAUUUUUUAAAGUUGCCUAUAUUUGUAAUAUUAAUGAUUGUAUUUUCUUUAAAUGCCUUUAUAUAUUUAUUGAUUCGUUUUUUUAUAUAUUUUUUUGAAAAUACAUCGUUUUGGAUGAUAACAAAAUGUAAAGAUUUCAAUUUUUUCGUUCGAAAGAAGAAAAAUGCAGAGACAUCAUCUUCAUCAUGUUCAUCAAAUAAUAAUAAUAAGAAGAAGAAGAAAUGUGAGAAUGAAGAACCCAUAGUUUAUAAAAAUGAAAAGGAUGAUAGUAUAUUUCAUAUAGAACGUUUAAUGAAUACAUGUAAUAAUUAUGAUGAUUAUAUAAAAUAUGCAUACAGUAUGGAUGUGUUAACUGGAAAAACUGUUCAUAUAAAUGAAAAUGACGAUUACAUUAAUAUUUAUGAUGUACAUUUAUUAAAAAAAACAUCAGAAAGUAUACAAAUUAAUUUAUUAAAUAAAGAUAUUUUAUUACUUCUAGAAGAUAUAAAAAUAGCUACUUCACCAAGAAUAAAAGGAAUAUUUCAAGAAAAAUAUUAUUGUAAAACUUAUUCAAUACCUCAUUUGAUUGUAACAGAAUUUAUUAAUAAUGUAAUGAAUGGAUUAAAUUUUUUAGAAAAUUAUAUAGAACAACAAAAGCAAAUGAAUAUCAAUUAUAAGUUCUCAGAUGAAUAUCUAGUUAUCAAAAAAUAUUUUAAAGAUAUAUUUAGACAAUGGGGGAAUACUGCAUUGUUUUUAAGUGGCGGGGCCAUUUUAGGUCUACAUCAUUUCGGAGUCUUAGAAGUGUUCUUAAAAUCUUCAAUAAAUGCCGAUUAUUUUAAUGACUACGCUAAGAAACUUACAAUGGAGCAAACAAAGGAAGAAAAGUUAUCUCGCAGUAGUUACACAAAUGAUAUUAAUGAUGACAAUAAUAAGAAGGAUAUAUAUAAGGAUUGUCAAGAUGAAAAAAAAAGAAAUAUUAUAUCAAGCAGUAACAAUAGUAGGGAGAAAAAAGUUUCACCAGGAGAUUUUGACAAAAAAAAAAAAAUAUAUAUUAAUAAUAUGAAACAAGAUAUAAAGGAAAAUAAAAAAAAAAAUGGUAAUAAAAAUAAUUGUGAUGGUUAUAACAACCAAUGUGAUGAUUAUAACAACCAAUGUGAUGGUUAUAACAACCACUGUGAUGAUUAUAACAACCAAUGUGAUGAUUAUAAUAAUUUUCAUUAUGAUAAUUCUUCAUCUUCUAAUGGUAGUGUCUAUCAUUCUUCCAUAUGCGAUGAAUUUAACCUUUUUUGCACAGAUCGUAGGGUAAUAUUGAAAGAGUAUAAUAAUAUGAAGGAUAAGAAAAAACCAAUAAAGAAAUUGAACACAUUAUGUAAUAAUAUUACUAAUUAUAAUGAAAGUUGUAAUAUGAAUAAUAAAAAGGUUCCUAUUAAAGAAGAUGGAGAGCUUAAUUUUAAUAAGAAAGAUAUAAAUAUGAAUGCUAAUGAUUUGAAAGAAAGAAAGAAAAAAAAUAUAUUAUUUGAUAGUCUAAAUCCUUUUUAUAAAUGUUCUGAAGAACCUAAUAAGAAUGAGAAUUUCCCUAUUAGAAAAAAUAAUACAAACGAUUUUGUUGAAAAUUUUGAAGAUAAUAUUUUGCCACAAAUAAUUUGUGGAACAUCUGCUGGUAGCAUUGUUGCAGCUUGGAUUUGUACUAGAACAAAUAACGAAUUGUUAGAUGAGUUUAAUAUUAAUUUUAUUUAUAAUAUCGUUUCUUGUUUUUCUUCAGAAAAUUGGUUUUAUUCAUUUUUUAAUAUUUAUAAAAAAGGGAAUUUUUAUGAUAUCGAUAAAAUUGUUAAACUUAUUUAUAAUUUAUAUGGUGAUAUGACAUUUCUUGAAGCUUUUAUAAAAACAAAUUUAGUUUUAAAUAUUACAGUUACUAGAGCAGAAUGUGAAAAUAAUAAUUUUAGUUGUGAUGAAGAUGGACAUAUAGUACUAAAUUAUAUGAACUCUCCAAAUGUUUUAAUUUAUACGGCAGUUUUGGCUAGCUGCUCUUUUCCAUAUUUAUUACAACCUUUCAAAUUGUUAGAGAAAAAAUAUAACAAAGAAAAUGUUUAUAGAUUUAUGUCUAUAAAGGAAUUAAAUAAUAGCAAACUUAUUUUGAAUAGUAAUACUUUAUAUAAAAAUCGAAUUCUCUUAAAAGAAGAUUCAGACGGAUUAGCUCUAUCAAGGAGUUUAGAAAGUUCAGAUAUUAAAAGUGAAAAAACAUGUAAUAAUGCUGAUACUUGGAAAAAUAAUUAUAGUAAUAAUAAUCAUUAUUAUAAUAGUAAUAUCAAUUUGGAUGAUGAACAUAAAAAUUUAAAUGAACCACAACCAUCCAUUUCAAAUAAUGUACAUAAUUAUGAAAAUAAAAAUUCUUCAUGUGCAACCAUUGAUACUUGUAUGAAGGAAGAAUAUAUUUUAAGUAAAACCAUUUUGGAAAAUGAAUUUAUUAAUAAACCAAUUAAUAAUAAAAUGAAUAAGGAUUAUAUACAUAAUAAUGGAGAUGUCGAAUUUGUAGGAAACAAAAAUGAUCAUAUUUUAAAAAAUAAUGAUAAUGAAAUGGUAGUAGCUAGCUUUUUUGUAUCAAAUAAUGACCUGAACAGUUCAGGAGAAAAGUUGAAAAAAAAAAAAAAAAACAAUAACAACAACAAUAAUAAUAACAACAACAACAACAAAAAAAAAAACAAUAACAACAACAAUAAUAAUAACAAUAAUAAUAAUAAUAUAAAAUUUCCAGAUCAAUUACAUAUUCAUAAGGGAGAUAAAAAUGAUUUGGUUGUUUUGAAAGAAGAUAAGAAUAAAAAGGAUAAGAUUAAUAAUAAUGAGAUGAAUGAUUAUAAUAAAUAUGAUGAUAAUGGUGAUGUUGAUUAUGAUGAUUUCGAAGAAGAAGAUAUAUGUAUAAAUCAAGUAUUAAGAAAUGAAAUUGGUGAUGGUGUUAUAUUGGAUAAAGAAAAAAUAAAGAAGAGAAAAAAAAAUAAUAAAGAUAUGUUAAGUAUAGAAAAAAAGGGAACCGAAAUAACAGAUAGUUGGGAGAAUGAAAAUAUGUUAAUUGAAAAAACAUAUGAAAAUGGUAAUUCAAGUAAUAAAUAUAUAGAUAUUAAUGAAUAUAGGAAUAUAAAUUUAUUGAAUGAAGAGUAUACUAUAAUAAAUAGUGUACAAUUUAAAAAUAUGUAUUUUCAUGAUGGUUCAUUGAAAAGUGAUAUACCUGCACAUAAUUUAAAUCAGAUAUUAUCAGUGAAAUAUAAAAUUGUUUCUCAAGUUAAUCCACACGUAUUUCCAUUUACUGGAGUGCGUGUGCAUGGUGAGGCUGGUAAGCCAGUCAAAUGGAGAGGAAGUUCUGGCAAUUGGAGAGCAGGUUUUUUAAUGUCAUCUAUGGAAAUAUUAUUUAAAGAAAAUAUGAGAUAUAUAUUAAGACUAAUGGCUUUACUUGAUUUAUCUCCAACCAUAAGAGGAUUAAAUGCUGGAUCGAUAGCCAUGCAGAAUUAUAAUGGAGAUAUAACGUUACAUCCGAAGCGACUUUAUUUAAAACAUUUUAAAUUAAUUAGUGUUUCUAAUUAUGACGAUGUUGAAUGGUAUAUACAAGAAGGAAGACAAAUGACUUUUCAAAAAUUGCCUUUAAUUUUGAACAGAAUGAAAAUUGAAAAGAAAUUGAUAAAAAUGAAAAAAUGUUUUUUUUAA